AUGAACGAAGAACUUAUUGUUAAAAGUAUAGCAGCUGUGGAUGAAUGGAUAUAUUUCUACUUCAAGUCAAUUCGGUUUAAUUUUCAUUUCAUUCUCGAUUUUGGAGACGAGACAAACUACAAGCAUGAGUCAGGAACAUACUGGAAGUCGUUUUCCGACUACUUUUCCUCAUUAAGACACUCAUACUCAUCUCCUGGAAUUUACAACGUUACAUGGACAAUCUGGAAUACAAUGUAUACCGAAGUUCGGUAUAAAGUCAUAAGGGUUGAAUAUCCAAUUCCCAAUGGAAGUCUAUCCAUAUACCCAUUGACCGAGUAUAUACAAAUACCUGAUGGGAAAUCUGAACUGACUCUACAUUAUUCAUCAGAAAAACCCAACCCCACAAACGUCAGAUGCAUUUUUCAAUAUGGCGAAUGGGAAGAGACACAAUCAGUUAAUCUUACUAAUGGCAUACCAAUCUGGAAGGUUUACUUUUAUGAGUCGGCGGGACAAAAGAAUGUUAAUUUCACCUGCACAAAUGACCUAACUUCUCAAAGUGUCAAUGCUACUAUGUAUGUUGAAUCAUACAAGCUAUCUGAAUUUGAGUUUGAAUAUGAAACUCCAGUUCCCAUGAACAUGACAUUGGAACGGGUUGAGCCCACUGAGGAGUACCGUCAUUAUUACCGAUCCGUUUCUGUCCCUGUUAAUGUUACAUUUACUAUUUCUUUAAAGAAAUUUGAAAGAUUUCCAUCUGGAAUAACUGUCAUUUGGGAUUUUGGAGAUAAUUCGCCGGUGGAAGAAUUUCCCUUAGUCUCUAAAACAAGAACCCACACAUUUUUUGUCAAACGUGGAACCUAUACCAUGGCAAUUGAAAUAGGGUCUAAAUAUAAUACCCACAUAUUACAUCGCAAUAUAACAUUAGGGGUGAUUCAAUUUAGUUGUUAUCCUACAGAAUUUGACUUUAGGUACACAAACGUCACCUUUGCUGCUAAAGGUAUUCCAGGUGCUGCUAUAUAUACAUUUUAUACAGACUCCUCGUCUACGAUUUACAGGGGAUCUUCUUAUAAUGCCAUCAACAAUGUUAUGAAUGUGUCCAUAUACACAGUCGAGUAUCUUGAGUAUGGGUUUUACUUUCCAUCAGUGUAUGGUUAUGGAGAAAGAGUAUAUCUUGAUCAACCCUUGAUUGCAGAUUAUAAGUUAGAAGAUAGAUUAUAUCUUGAUGUUCGACCAUAUCCAAAUCCACUUCCACCCGGAGACAUAACAUUAAGAGUUCGCACCUUGUCUAGGGAACCCAGGCCAUACGUUACUUGUAUCUUGAAAGCGGGAGAUGCUGUCGAUCGCGAUAGUGUCUUCUACAAAACACAGAAUAUUACAAAAACACAACCAAUCCCCCGAGUGAAUCUAAGAGGACCAAAAAUAAUUCUCAGUGACACAUCAUCAAGCGCGUGUUCUGUUAAAGAGGUGUCACGUGGUGUUGGUCAGUUGGCCUCUUCAGUGUCAGAAGUAUUUGACUAUGCUCUUACGGUAACUGUGAUGGAGGGAUCCUCUCAAAACCACUUCACUCAAAUUGCAAGAUUCAAGAAAGAGGGAUCGACUGAUCUGCAGAUUAACUGCAGCUUAAAUUGCGACGACAAAGUUGCCGUUUCAUCUAAAUUGGCUUUGAUAGCUUGGUGCGCGUCGUGUAAACCAGAACACAGGGUCCAGUUUGAGUGGCAACUGUGGAAAGACGAAAGUGGAUCCGGCUUGCAGUUUUUGCCUUUGGUCACUGGGACUGAUGCUGGUAAACAAAGUUUUGUCUUACCAAAGUUCCUUUUAACACCUGGAAAUACCUACCUGGUGACUUUAUAUAUGACGGUGGACAACGAAUCAGAUAUAAGUGGGGACGUAUAUAGGAAGUUACGAACUAACGUGCCACCUACUGGAGGCGCUUGUUCUUUUAAUCAGAAAACAGACUCACUGGUUGUUCUUCUGAGUGUGCAGUGCUCAAACUGGAUCGAUCCAGACGAGGAUGAAAACGUGUUUACUUACCUUUACGAAACAGUUACAAUGAGAAACUUUACACACGGAGAAGAAAGCGUUGUCAAUUUUAUUUAUGAAGGAAACAUAACGGUAGACAUUGUGGACACUUUCAUUGAUUGUUUGGAAUAUGGCAGCAGGAGAAAUCCUCUAUCUCCGAUUGCAGUAGAAAGUUUAACAGACAUUGCUAAUGUUUAUCAUCGUGUGCUGGACAAUGUGUUGAACAAAAUGCUACCUCAGAGGCUGCAAAACUUGGAUGUAGAACUUUUAGAGGAAGAUAUUAAAGCAGAAAUUAUGUUGAACAUAAAGUUUUUCCUACAAGAAACCAGCCUCUUAAAUAAAGAUCAAGGCAACGUAACUUUUAACCAUGAAAGUAUAAACAAACAAACCAAUUUGAUUUAUCAAAUACGAGCACAUGAGCGAGAAAUUCAACUUCAGCAAAGAAAUACAGCAAGGAAAUUUAUUCCAAUUAUUAAAAAGAUCCAGGCUGUCUUUCUAAACGUAAUGCUAAAAACUAUUGCUUUGGGCGAGGGACUUCAAUUCAAUGGCAAACAUGUACUGGAAAUAGUGAUGAGAAAGACAUCCAUCAACAAUCUUGCAAAUAUCCAUGAUGAGUUUUUUGCUGGGGUCCAAGAAGUGAAUGGAUCAGACACCCAUGUCUCUUACCUUAAAUUAUCGGUAACUAACUUCUUAAGGAAUCCCUACAUCUAUGGAGAAAACGCGUCCAAGGCAAUCUCUUCAGUUCCGGUCAUAGAUAUCCCACAAAACAUAUCUGUGGACUCCAAUAUUCCGAAUAAAGGAAACCUGGAAUUUAAGAGAUAUAUUCCUCUCAUCAAUCCACAAUAUUCAGAACAGAUGAUUUAUUUUGCUUUUGAAAUGACAAAUGAUGAAGAUGCAGGAAUUAUUUACAUAAAACCUGAUGGAUUUGACUUCUUAGCCCAUCAGAAGGUGCCAUUGUAUUCGUUUUAUUUUAGUUCGGCUACAUUUCCAACAUCUAGUGUGUUUGGAUUAAAGAAGGUGCUGGGUGUCAGGGAUUGGACAAAAUAUGGAUUUAAAGUGUUUCUUCCAGGGGAUAUAUGUGGAAAAGGGCUUUGCUAUCUAGGCAUAAAACCCCUCACAGCCCCCGAUCCAGAUGAUUUCUCUGGUUCAAGAAAAAGACGAGCUGUUGAACCUCAAACAACAAUCGGGCCACCAGAGAACAGGACCUUGUUUGUUAACGCUUCGGAUUUUGUCCCAGUUGAAGCAAACUUUAGCAUGAUAUUCACAACUACGGGAUGUCGAACCUGGAAAAACGGAAACAACUCGUGGACGAUGGAAGGGUGUCAGGUGUUGCCAAUGAGUGAUUUGAACAACACGGUCUGUCGAUGUGUUGGAGAUACAUUUUCCACCUCCUUUUAUGUACCACCUAAUGCGAUUAAUUUUCUGACAGUUUGGGGUAAAUUUGACGCCUCCAAUGCUACAGUGUAUGGUGCACUGGUUGUAGUCUUUGUUAUUUAUAUAAUACUGCUUAUUGUGCUUCGAAGACAGGACAAAAAGGACCAAAACAGGAGUAAGGUAGCCUUUCUCUGUGACCACAACACAACGCACACAUACUUCUAUUUGAUAAGUGUAUACACUGGAUUCCGGAGAAGAGCGGGUACUAAGUCUAAUGUAUAUUUCAUACUCACUGGUGAUGAUGAUGAUUCAGGAAUUCGUUUUCUAAAUGACGGAUUUCAAGAGGGAUUUUCGACAUCAAGUGUCAACAUGUACUUCUUUGGAACCAAUGAACCCCUAGGAGAUUUAAGAUACAUUCGGAUAUGGCAUGACAAUUCUGGUCCACCUGGUUUCAAAAGUUGGUUUUUAAGCAAGAUCAUUAUUGAAAACUUAGAACAGAAAGAAAGAUAUACAUUCCAUUGCAACAAAUGGUUGGGUAUUGAUGAUGAAGACUGUAUGCUGGAUCGAAUAAUUCCAGUAUCAUCGCCAGACAAACUUUCUUACAGUGAUCGUAUUUCCGUCGAAGCUCAAUCCCAAAUGCCUGUGUAUCAUUUAUGGCUUUCUCUGCUUUAUCGUCCCCAGCUAGGCAAAUUCACACGUGUUCAAAGACUUUCAUGCUUAGUGGCACUUCUCUGUCUUACUAUGAUAUCAAACGCCAUAUUCUUUCAAUCGUCCGAUGAAAAUCAAAAUGUUGAGGAAGUGAAUUUCGGAAUAUUGAGAUUGUCAUUCGGUACAGUCUAUGUAUCAUGUAUUGGAAUGCUUAUCUCAACUCCCCCUGUUACUUUUGCUGCCUUUGUAUUUCGAAAUACUAAAAACUCUAAGUCUGCUGCACAUAAGAUCGCCAAUUCAAAAGAACAAUCCAGUGAUAAAUCAUUUUCAAAUCUUGAUGGCGAUGUGUUCACUCCAAGUAAAGGCACUUUGCCACGUUGGGUGUUUUAUGUAGCAUGGGUCAGUGUUGUUUUGGCUAUCCUUUCAUCGAGCUUUUUCCUCAUCCUCUACAGUAUGGAGUGGGGCAAAUCAAAAUCAAAUGAGUGGCUUUCAUCACUUGCCUUCUCAAUUUUGGAAUCAUUCAUUGUUUUCGAUCCGAUAAAGGUUCUAUUUUUCGCCAUUAUUUGUUCGACUGUUUUUAAAAGUUUGAUGAUGGAAGAGCUCCACAAAGUUAAUGUAGAAAAUUUGCGAUUGACGUCGAAGAGUACUAAUGUAUCACAAAGAACAACCUUUUCAGACUUAGCCAACAAAGUUUUACCAAAAUGUGAUACAUUUUCCAAGGAAGAAAUCAACAAAUUGAGAAAGAAAUGUCGCGAGGAAACUCAAGCUAGAUCAGCGCUGACCAGUCUGGUCGUGUUCAUCCUAUACAUUCUUGCAAUCUAUGGAAUCAGCUUCACCCAGCGUGAUCAGCGUUCUUUGAGCAUGAAGCAAAACCUUGAUAAUCAUUUACUUUUAGGAAGUCACGGUUUCUCUUCAUUAAAAGGUAGAAAGGAUUUCAUAAGCUGGAUGAAUGAGACGUUUAUUCCAACGUAUUACCCCAAUGCAAGUUAUGCAGGAAAACCAUUGACAGUUUUGGAUCGUCAAUGGUUCAAAGAUAUGGCCAGUAUCCGGGUUGGGCCAGCACGUCUCCGCCAGGUUCGCAUGAAAACAGGCACAUGUCCCUACUCCUAUUUACCGUGGUCUUACCCUUGCGUGGACAGUUACUCAGAAACCGAGGAGGACAAAAAUUCAUAUUGUCUACGAUGGAAACCGUACAAUGACACCAUUUGUGGAAGCGAACUUUACAAAAGUAGGUUCUACACUGCCGAGGCCUGGAGGUACACGGACGCCGUUGAAAUCUGGGGGAUGUCCAGGAUGGGAGAAUAUAAAACUUACAGUGGAGGGGGGUAUAUUCUUAAAUUUGUGAAAGACAAAGUGAAUGCUCACUUAUUACUCAAGGAACUUUUGGACAAUAACUGGAUUGAUAGAAAGACACGUGCAAUAUUUGUUGAGUUUACGAUAUACAAUCCAAAUGUCAAUCUUUUUACAUAUUCCAUGUACUUAGUGGAGUUUUCUGAAGUAGGCAGUGCUUUUACGUGGACUGACACUCAAGCAUUUAAACCUGUAUUAAAUUUAUCAUCACUAGGCUUCACUAUUGUGAUGUGCUAUGUGUUUUUUCUCUUCUAUUACAUUUUCAUGCUUUUCAAAAUAAUUUUGCAGUGUAGGGAAAUUGGCUGUAUACGUUUUAUCAAAGAACCAUGGAAUUUUGUUGACUGUCUGUGUACAUUCCUUGCUUAUUCUUGUCUUGUUGCGUUUAUAUUACGGAUGAAAUACACAAAUACGGCAAUGGAUAUGUUUUAUGACGAUAAAUUGACAGGUGCCAAUCGGUUCAUUAACUAUGGACAUAUCGUGAUGUGGGAUAAUGCCUUCAACGUCCUUUUUGCAACUCUUCUCUUUGUAUCUACAAUACAAAUUCUGAAAAUUCUCGGAUACAACAAACGAUUCACUGAGGUCAUCUCGGUGAUUUCAAAUGUGGGAAAGGAUUUAUUGGCUUUUGGUGCACUCUUGUUGAUUUUAUUCGUUUCUUUUGUUCUUUACGCCUAUCUUCUCUUUGGUUCAAAAUUAGAAAGCUACAAAUCAAUUUAUCAGACUUGUGGAAGUCUAGCCAACACCUUCAUCGGUAAGAAUAAGCUUGACCCCCUGAUUGUUGCAGCACCAUUAUCAGCCCAAUUCUUUUAUUCAGUUUACGUUUUAUGUGUUAUAAUGUUCAUGUUGACCAUCUUUAUGGCAAUCCUGAACACCAGUAUUUCGGCAGUGAGGGCAGAAACAGUAGCAUCAGCUGCAAAAAUUGGAAUGCUAGACAUCGUGAAGAAAUUUGUCAAAAACAUUCUGGAAGUUUUUCAAAAACCAAGAAAGAGCAGUAGAGUUAAUCGGAAACAAGAACAUAGUGCCAAUGAAGAAAUCAAUGCCGCGAAUGUUUUGGGACUAGUCCGUGAAAUUGUAUGCGUAUAUGGGAAUAUUGAAACUAAGCUUAGUAAUAAAAAAUACUCUGUGGAAGAUUAUCAACGCUCUCUGCUGUCACCAACCAGCCGACCCACUUUUUGCAAAGUGAAGAACCGAUAUAAUGAAAUAUUUGAUCAAAAGCAUCCUACUGAACAUCUAGAAAUGAAAGAAAAGGGUGCUUCAAGAGAGACCUUUCGUCAAGUAAUGUCCCGAAUGUCAUACGUAUCUGCGUCAAAUGUUGAAAUGCACAUACCGUUAUGCGAUUCAGACGAAAUCGACGCUCAAAGAGAAAGAUAUCAAUUUACAAUAUUUUGA